GGACGCAGGCAAACGACAGACGCCGUGGAUUCAGAAAAAAAAUGGAACUUCAACGCCGGCCGGCCACUAUAAAGCAAUAUUUUAAUCAAUAUUCUAAUACUAACACGAAAAGAAUUUCCUAUUUUGGAAUAUUAUUAUAUUGUCGCACCAGACUCUGAAUUUUUGGUGAUGUUCCACUACCAUCAUCAUUCAUCAGAAUCACCAUCACCAUCACCAUCACCAUCACCUUCACCUUCAACUUCUACCUGCUACGAAAUGGAUUCGCCGCCAACCUUUGUAUCGAAAGCGAGGACGGCCUUCAAUUCCGCAGCUGCCAAAGCGGAGCGAGUUCUUAUGGACUUCAAAUCAGAUCGAGAACAUGAUAAGGAAUCACCCAACAACAACAACAACAACAACUUCACGAAGCAAUCGGAAGCUGAAUCUCCUAACAGCGAAAACGAAUCCAAGCUUCGCGGUGAGUUUAAGCAUAAAAAGUGGAGGCCUCCACAUAUAGGAAUAAAGCAAGAUUGGCAAGAUAGAUUUAGGAACAUUCGGAUAGGAAAAAAAGACGUUGAAGAUACAGAUAAAGUUGGGGAUGCAAACAUGGCAGUUGCAUUUUAUGAUGAGAAUCUGUACAUCCUGAAUAUGAAGAAUGAUCAAGAGGCCAAGGCUUCAGAAGCAAUGCCCUCAGUUGAAGGCCUAACUGCUGCAACUAAAGAUCCCAUUCCUCCAGCAUCCGUGCUGAAGCAAUUGGCUAUAGCUGUUGAGGCUGGAAGCAAAUCAAAGUCAAUGAAAGAUUUUAUUGCUUCAACAGGAGGUUCUUCACCUGCAAGAGAGAGGGCAAGCUUAAGUCUCGCUGCAGUUAAGGCUUUAGUGUUGCGUGAAAAGGAGGACAAUCUUACCUCUGAGUUUAGUAGCGACGAGAAAGUUGUGCAUUUGAUUAAUUCUCUGUUUGAUCCAGAGGGAGAUUUCCUUAGAAGAAAAAUCAACUCUGAUCCAGAGGAAACUGCCAUAACAUCCUUGCCAAGAGAUAUUCAUGGUGCUCCUCCAGAAAGCCUAGUUGUUAAGCUAGCUGAAAUAAUUGGAAACUACAAGACCCUCCGAAAAAUGGCUCUUUUCUGGUGCAGGGUUGUUGCUGAACUGAGAAAACUUUGGUCUGAAGAAAAACAUUUACCUGGAAUUCCCCAGAAUGAGAUUCCAGAUCUGAAGUCAUGUCUUCUGCAUCAACAAUUUCAAGUAAUUAAUUGUUGUAUCACUCGGAAAAGGCUCCGUGCCAUUGCCACCGAAUCUCUAGACUCUAUGAUGAUGCAAGCUAGUUCGAACAUAAAAGAGCCAACCAAUAAUGAUGGUGAAGCUCCUGCAAGCCCUGUUCUAUAUGCUAGAUUAGAUAAUGGGGAGCUUGUUCUUCGACUUGGUGCUGAUUGCCCUGCUGGAGAUCUAACAUUGUUGGAAACUGGCGAGCCUGUGUACUCUCCUCUCACCCAGGAAGGACCUUUGCUUACAGAAGAUCUAAUUAGAGAAACAGAGGAGUUUGUGCUGCGGACAGGGAGUGUUGGUGCUGGGUGCUCUCAACUGCUUUCGGACAUGCAGGCUUUCAAGGCUGCAAAUCCUGGGUGUAUUUUGGAGGAUUUUGUAAGAUGGCACUCUCCUCCUGAUUGGACAGAUAAUGAGGCAAGCAUUGAGGACAGUGAUGUUUUCGAUAGUGGUGAGUCAUUGUCUACCAGAGGUCAGCUAAGUCGACGAAUGCAAAAAGAAGGUAAUUUGUGGCGUGAAUUGUGGGAAACAUCUAAACCCGUACCAGCCGUUAAGCAGGCACCUCUCUUCGAUGAAGAUUUGGCAGUGGAGGGCAUCCUCAAUGCAUUAGAGGACAUCCAUCCUUCUGAGCUUUACCGACAACUGUUUGUUUCUUUACUUGGUUUAGGAUUUGCAAUUGCUGAACCCAUGCUAUCUAGCAACAGUGACUUCUCAAAGGUGUUCUAUGACUGCAAGGAGUACAUUGUUGCCACAUGUCAAAGCAACAAAUUGAGUGAGAAAGUUGAUGAACUUGUCCAGGUAUAUGAAACGGUGGAGACAAUGUUGCUGAAUCCUGAGGAAGCACUAAAAAUGAUGAAGCAGACAGAAGAAUUAACUCCAGUUUCUGGUGAACCAAGGAGCCGGUUUAAGAGGCUUAGCCUUAUUUUUGGUGGCAAAGAUAAACAACUGAAAACGCCAACCUCAAAAGAUCAGAUGAUUGGUGAAGAAAAUCUGAUUCGGCAAUCUUUCUCGAAUUUCUUUGACAGCAAGUCAUCUUUAUUCUCAAAGAAGCCUCCGAAGUCUGGAUGUCCAUCCCCUUCUGAGAAACCUUCUCUGGAAACUGAAUGGACUAUUGUUUAGACAAAUUCACCUUCACCCUGUUUAUAAUCCUCCUCCCCACCUUCUAAGCUUAUUAUAACUGUAAAGUUUAUUUAUUCUUUUUCCUAAUACUUAUUGGUUGUUGAGUUCUUUUGCAAAUUAUAAUGUAUACUUCACACAUUUUUAUCAGAGGGAUUUUAAGAUAUA